AUGAUCUCCAGGCAUUACCGGCUUUCUGGGCCCGUCGACAGACAGGUGAUGUCGUUGUCCUUUGAUGACCGGCUGCUUGGAGAGAAGGUAAACAACUACUGCAGUAGCAGUGAGGAUGAGGGGGAGAAUGGUGAAGGUGAUGAGGAACCUUCAAGCCAGAUGCUUCCGGAGCCUGGUGCUUCCUCAAUCCCCCAUCCCGACUUUAGCAACCAGCCUCAGACAGGCCCAAAAGGUGUUCUUUCGGAUUACAAGCAAUACAAAGCACUGGAACGACUGAAGGAAGCGCAGAAGGAAGAAGAGCUCAUAGAUGCAGCGAAAAAGAAUACGCUAAUCUCCCAAACUCAUGCGGAGGAAUGCGUGACUAAAAUGCAAGACCUUGCGGUUUCAGAGGUUCUGGAAUCACUGGAUGACGACGAUGAAUUUAUCGCGCUGUACAGACAAAAUCGAAUGCGCGAACUAAAAAUGUCAUUGGAGCGAUUGCCAGUUUUCGGAACGGUGUACACACUCACAAGCUCGAAUUUCGUGCAGGAAAUUGAUUCGACUGAUCCCAGUGUGACUGUGGUGGUGCAUAUUUACGAACCGGAUAACAGUGCCUGCAGGAAAGUGAACGAUUACCUGGAGACACUAUGCACGGAAUAUCCACAUGUACGAUUUUGCCGAAUACAGGCUUCGAAUGCGCAUCUAAGUUAUCAGUUCUCUCGUUCUGGUGUUCCGGCUAUUGUUGUAUACAAGCGGGGUGAAGUCAUUGGUAAUAUGCUACGCAUUGACCGCGAUCUGGGCAACGAAUUUUACGCCAGUGAUUUGGAAAAUUUUUUGGUUGAGCGAGGCUUCCUUCCGGACAAAACAAUAGGCGUGCUGCUUAACGCGCGCCUGAACGCUGCGGCAUCUAAAACCUCGUAGUCACUUUGCAUUUAUUGUUUCUUAUUUUUAUCUUUUGCGUUGUUCGUCCUCCUUGAAUACGAUUUCACUGUGUACUUUGUUCCAUGACUUUUGAAAUCAAUGCAU